AUGGCGUCGAUGAUGCUGAGUUCUCGCGCGGCAUCGGCGUCGGCGCCGGCCGGAGCAGAACAUCGCCGUCAGCACGUCACCGUGGCGUGCGGUGGGCUGCCGCGGCCCAUCAGGCCCGUGCCGGGCACGGCAGGCCCACGGCCUGGAACGCCGAGGCUGGUGGGUCCGUCGCCGUCGGGGCGAGCGGGGCCGGAGUGCAACUGGUGGGGCGCUGGCGCGCGGCAGCAGGUGACGGCCGCGGUGGCGCCGAGGCGACCGAGGAGCAGCAGGGGCGCAUCAUGCGCGCGCGUGCCCACGGGGAAGGGGAACCGGGAGCUGGUGAGGCGGGCGCUCGCGCCGCCCGCCGCGCGCGGCCGGGGACGCAGCAGAGCCGUCCUGAUGAGGAGGUGGAGCUUCCGGCCCGCGCCCAGCCGGCUGCGCAACACGUCGGCGUCGUCACUCUCCUCGCCGUCCCCUGCCUCGCCGCGGCCACGUCCGUCGUGA